CUGCUGUUCAGAUAUUUGCGAGCAAGACACGGUAUUGAACAAGUGAUAAUUUUUUUUCUGCUGAAUUUAAAAGUGAAAAAAUGCUUUACGCAACAUUCUUAUCAGUUUUCGUGACAAUUGCAAUAGUCGGAUACUUUUAUGUUAAGAAGAAAUACAAGUACUGGGAGGAACGUGGAAUUCCCUACUUGAAACCAACAUUUCCUCUAGGAACUUCAUCGGGUAUUGGAUUUAAGAAGCAUGUGAGUCAAGUGUUCCAAGAGACAUAUCGUGAAUUAAAGGGGAAAGAUGUUGUUGGUGGAAUGUACUUCUUAACUGAACCGAGUUUACUUGCAUUGGAUUUGGACUUUAUAAAAACAAUUCUUGUGAAAGAUUUCCAGUAUUUUCACGAUCGUGGAGUCUAUGUGAAUGAACGAGAUGAUCCCUUGUCGGCACAUCUCUUCGGAAUUACCGGACAAAAGUGGAAGGUCAUGAGGAGUAAACUAAGUCCAACCUUUACAUCCGGGAAAAUGAAAAUGAUGCACAGUACUAUCAUUGCCGUAUCUAAAGAGUUUGAACUAUUUUUGAAGCCGUAUGCAAAGGGAAUUGAAGAAGUAGAGAUGAGAGAAAUCCUUGCCCGUUUCACAACAGAUAUCAUUGGGAAUUGUGCUUUUGGUGUGGAAUGCAACAGUCUCAAAGAUCCAAAUACAGAAAUCCGUCGACUGGGAAAGAAAUUUUUUGAAUUUGGUGGACCUAUUGGUAUAAUGAAAGCCAUUGUUGCAACGGCAUUUCCUAAAUUUGCAAAAAAAUUUAGAUUGAAAAUAACCCCAGAUGAUGUCACGAGCUUUUUCAUGGAUCUACUGAGAGAUACCAUUGACUACAGAGAGAAGAAUAAUGUCAAGAGAAAUGAUUUCUUAUCACUGCUCAUUCAAUUGAAGAACACCGGAAAGCUUGAAGGAGACGAUGUGGAUCUAGGAAAAAUAACAUUUGAAGAACUUGCAGCUCAAACUUUUCUAUUCUUCGGUGCUGGGUUUGAAACAUCUUCAUCCACAAUGGCUUUUGCUCUCUACGAACUAGCUCUCAAUCAAGAUAUUCAGGAUCGGGUUAGGGAAGAAAUUCAUUCGGUUUUAGAGAAACAUGACGGAGAGUUCACAUAUGACGCCUGCAUGGAACUUAAAUACCUGGAUAGGGCUAUCCAAGAAACUUUGAGGAAAUAUCCAGUUGUUGACAACCUCAUCAGGAAGACAACAAAUGAUUACCCAAUUCCAGGAACAAAUCACGUCAUAAAGAAAGGUACAGGGAUAGGAAUUCCUGUCUAUGCUAUCCAACGUGAUCCAGAAAUCUAUCCGAAUCCCGAAAGAUUCGAUCCGGAUCGUUUUACAGAGGAAAACAUCAGCAAACGCCAUCCAUUUGCUUGGUUGCCGUUUGGGGAAGGUCCCAGAUCCUGUAUCGGAAUGAGGUUCGGCAUGAUGCAAACUAGGGUUGGAUUGGCUACACUGAUCAAUAAGUACAGAAUCAACGUUACUCAGAAGACUCCAAUUCCAAUAAAAUUUUCACCUAGUAGUGCAUUUCUAUCGGUUCCGGGUGGAAUGUGGCUGAGAAUUGAAGAAGUUUAAGUUAAUAUGGAUAUCUAAUUAAAGCUUCAAUAUUAAUUUUAUCAUAAAAAUAGUCCUGUAGGGGAAUUCUGUAAUUUUCGUGGCAUUGUCACGCGUGAGUUCGAAACCUGACAAUGCCAAUCGGGCUUUUUUGUCAUAUCAUAUGAGUUCGAAAAUGCAAUUCACUGAUUUUUGAAUGAAAUAUCUUUACUUAGUGAUAUUAUGCAAAUACAGUCUGUCUUGGUUGAUUUGUUAUAACAAAAUUCAUUGUCAUUUGAAUUGCCAGAAAUCUCAAAUAUGUGACUUCUGACAAUGUCACGUGAGCUGAAAUGGCAAUAUCACGUCUACAGAAUCGCAUUUUCGAAAAAUAUCUCUUGAGAUUCAAACCCAAUUUGUCAUAUGGCAUUGCCAGGGCGUUACAGAAUUCCUCUCCUGGAUUGUAUGAGAAGACCAAAGCAUUUUUAUUAGAAAAGAGAGAAAAAUAAUUUUCGAAAAGCUUUGAAGAUUAUCUUUUUAUAGAGUUUAUCGUUUUGUUUUCAAUAUUAGAUUGCUUUAAAGAAAUAUUUUGUAAUCAAGUGGCUUUCACAAAAUAAAUUUCAAAGGAACCGCUAAAACAGAAUUCACAUUUUUUAGAAACAAUAAGUCAAUCUUUUUUCAUAUUUUAAAUUUUAAGGGCAGAAUCACAUUGACAAUAAAAUGCUCGCUGUAGCCUCACCGUAUUUCGUUAAUUUACGCAUUUUCAUUGCAAUUCUUAUGCAAA